UGUGAAUAAUAGUAUAUAAGCACUGUGUUCUAUAGGAAGUUGUAGUGGGACUUCCACUCUCAGACUACACACAGGAAUAUCAGGACCUGAACUCAAUCUGGGGACACUGAGGUUCUGAUGGCGUAUAUCUGGAUCUUCUCUGCAGAGACCUGGGCUCUGCUGGUGCUGUUCUUCAGCCUGCUGGUUCUGUAUGGAUACUGGCCUCAUGGCUUCUUUCAAAGGAUAGGAGUCCCAGGUCCUAAACCUUUACCCUUCAUCGGAACCAUGUUAGAAUAUAAACAGGGCUUCCAAAAUUUUGAUUUGGAGUGCUUUAAGAAGUAUGGGAAAGUUUGGGGUAUAUACGACGCCCGCCAACCGGUGUUGUGUAUUAUGGACAGAGAAAUCCUGAAGACUAUCCUCAUUAAAGAGUGUUACUCCCUCUUCACCAACCGGCGGAACUUUCGUCUGAACGGGCCGCUGUACGACGCCGUGUCUAUCAUAGAGGACGACGACUGGAAGAGAAUCCGCAGUGUUCUUUCUCCAUCCUUCACCAGUGGCAGACUGAAGGAGAUGUUCGGUAUCAUGAAGACCCAUUCCCACACUUUAGUUCAGAACCUGGGGAAGACCUCCAAACGAGGAGAAGCAGCAGACAUCAAAGAAAUUUUUGGAGCAUACAGUAUGGACGUGGUGACCAGUACGGCGUUCAGCGUGGACAUCGACUCCCUCAACAACCCAGACGAUCCGUUCGUCACCAACAUCAAGAAGAUGCUAAAGUUCGACUUCCUCAACCCACUCUUUGUCGCCGUUGCGCUGUUCCCCUUCAUCGCCCCGGUUCUGGAGAAAAUGAACUUCUGCUUCUUCCCUCCAGCAGUGAUGGACUUCUUUUAUGCCGCUCUUAAGAAGAUUAAAUCCCAGCGUGUCUCUUCAGAUAAUAAGAAGCGAGUGGAUUUCCUGCAGCUGAUGAUCGACUCUCAGAAGUCAGAGAAAGUGGAGCAUCACGAUAAAGGGGCGAUCCACGGUCUGACUGAUCAUGAGAUCCUGUCCCAGUCCAUGAUCUUUAUCUUUGCUGGUUAUGAGACGACUAGCAGCACUCUGUCCUUCUUCUUCUACAACAUCGCCACCAACCCUGAGACCAUGAAGAAACUCCAGCAGGAGAUCGACCAGACCAUCCCCAAUGAGAGUUUGAUUCAGUACGACGCCGUGAUGAAUAUGGAUUAUCUGGACGCUGCUCUGAGCGAGUCUCUGAGGUUAUAUCCUCCGGCUGCUCGUCUGGAGAGAGUCUGUAAAAAGACGGUGGAGAUUAACGGACUCACCAUUCCUCAGAACACCGUCGUCUUGGCACCGGUGUUCCCCCUCCACCGAGACCCGGAGUACUGGCCCGAACCAGACACCUUUAAACCCGAGAGGUUCACUAAGGGGAAUAAGGAGAAUAUUGACCCCUUUGUCUACAUGCCUUUCGGUUCUGGACCCAGAAACUGUAUCGGGAUGAGAUUCGCUCUGGUUACCAUUAAGCUCGCCAUCGUAGAGAUCCUGCAGAGAUUCGAUGUCAUCCUUAGCGAAGAAACCAAGGUUCCACUAGAACUGGGGAUCUCUGGACUCCUGGCUCCUAAAGACCCGAUUAAGCUGAAGUUCAUUCCUAGGAAAGUUUAAUAAGUGUAAAAAUUACCUGUUUAUCUCAUAAACUCUGCUGAACCUGCGGCUACCUCACCUCACCGUCCUCACUUUACUCCUUACUAACUUCCUCAGAAUGUUUAUACUGUUUAUACUGAAGAUCAUUAAACUCACUAUUAAACACAUUAAAUACAUUAAACACAUUAAA